AUUUGGUCCAUCCUCUUAAUUAUGUUCACUAAGGCCGUCGUCGUUCUCGCCCUUGUGGCCGUCACUCUGUCUGCUCCUUCACAGCCUUCCUAUGGAUAUGCUCCUCCGGUAGCCUAUGAUGCUCCCGCUAAGUACGACUUCAACUACGCCGUGAAGGACGACUACUCCGGCAACGAUUUCGGUCACCAGGAGGCCCGUGAUGGAUACGACACCCAGGGAUCCUAUUACGUCCUUCUUCCCGACGGCCGUCUGCAGAAGGUCGCUUACACUGUCAAUGGCGACUCUGGUUACGUGGCUGAGGUCAGCUACGAGGGUGAAGCCCAGUACCCCGAGUACAAGCCUGCUCCAGCCUACAAGCCUGCUCCUGCCUACAAGCCCGCCCCCGCUUACAAGCCAGCCCCUGCCUACAAGCCCGCCCCCGCUUACAAACCUGAACCUACAUACGCCUAAAUUAAACAAACAUGAAUAUAUUUACAGUGAAUAUUUAUUAAACGAAGG